UCUACUUUUAAGAGUUAGUGCUGCAUAUCUCUUUCUCCUUUGCAAGCUAAGGGUUAAGGCAGCAGCGACUUACGCACAGGUGUCUCGCCAGUCCUUUAUGAAACAGCGCCUGCAAACUUCCCCCCCCCUUUAAUUAAGUUGAUCAUAACUGUAACUCAGCUGGGAUUUGCUGCCCGACUAGACAUGUCACUGUAAUUCAUGUAGUCUUAAGUGGGUUUGCUCACCGCAGCACUAAUCUCAUCUCUCGCUACUACGUCGAGCGUCUAACCUGGAGAGCUCUCCACAUCGAGACCGGUCCCGCACGCUCCUAUUUUGCUGCUUUUGUGCAGCAUCUGAUUCCAGUGGUUAGGAACUAAUAACGCGACAGCUUGAGGAGAGUUUACAGAGUAUUUUUCCACAAAACUUUAAAGUCGUUGUUAAACUUGCAUUUUCAAGAUUUUUUUUUUUUUAACGUCCGUUGUGUUACGCGUCGGACAUGUGGUGGAUGCUGUUUCCUCGAUGGAUUUGGUUUCUUCUGGGACAUUGUUAUACUAUACUCCUUUAUACGGGCAGCAGCCGCGUGAGAGCAAUGCCCAUGUCCGUGGCAAAAGUGGUGUAUUCUCACGCAGGUCUGUGCCCAAAUGACCUGAACCCCAACCUGUGGGUGGAUGCUAUGAGCACCUGCAUGCGCGAGUGUGAAUCCGACCAGGACUGUGAAGCAUUUGAGAAGUGCUGCCCUAAUGUAUGUGGUAACAAGAGCUGUGUGGCAUCACGCUAUAUAGACGUCAAGGGCAACAAGGGGCCCAUAGGAAUGCCAGAGGGCGCCACCUGCGACAAGUUCAUGUGCUCUCAGCAAGGGUCCGAGUGUGACAUCUGGGACGGCCAGCCUGUUUGUAAGUGUCGGGACCGCUGUGAGAGAGAACCCCACUUCACGUGUGCGUCUGACGGCAUGACGUACUAUAACAAGUGCUACAUGGAUGCAGAGGCCUGUUCCAAGGGUAUCUCUAUAUCUGAGGUCACCUGCAGGUACCACUUGACCUGGCCAAACACCAGUCCCAUCCCAGCAGAGACCACCUUACAUCCCACCACCGCCCUCCAGACCACCCUCCCUGCUGACAUCCAGCUUCCCACCAUACACAGCGGCCCCACCCAGCAGGCUGUUUUUGUGGGUGAGACAGCUAGCUUCCUGUGUGAGGUGUCUGGAAAGCCACAUCCGCAUAUCACUUGGGAGAAACAACUGAAGGGCAAAGAGAACAACAUAAUGAGGCCUAAUCAUGUUAGAGGGAACGUUGUGGUCACUAACAUUGGCCAGCUGGUCAUAUACAAUGCGCAACUUCAGGAUGCCGGCAUUUAUACGUGUACGGCCAAAAAUGUUGGCGGAAGUGUGUCGUCACACUUUCCCUUGGUGGUGAUCGGGAAGGAUGCGAAAGGUAGGAAUGCAGAGGGAAAUAAUACCAACCUGCCAUUUCCAGCUGAAGAGUGUCUCAAGAGUCCAGACACAGACGGCUGUGGAGAAGAGAGCAUAAGCUGGUACUAUGAACCAAAGAGGAACAAUUGCUUCACCUUUACCUACAGUCAGUGCAACAAAAACCGUAACCAUUUCAACACAUAUGAAGCCUGCAUGCUGUCAUGCGGAGGAGAGCUAGCGGCUCCCUGCAGCCUGCCGAGCCUCCAAGGGCCUUGCAAGGCCUAUGAGCCUCGCUGGGCUUAUAGCAACAGCCUCAAGAAGUGCCAGUCCUUUGUGUUCGGAGGCUGUGGUGGCAACGAGAACAGCUUUGAGUCUAAAGAGGCCUGUGAAGAGAUGUGUCCGUUUCAGAAGAACCGCAAGUGCAAGAUGUGUAAGCCCCGAGCCAAGAUGGUCACCAGCUUCUGUAAGAGUGACUUUGUGAUCCUUGGCCGUGUUAACGAGCUGACGGAGGAGCAGGAGUCGGGCCACGCUCUGGUGACAGUGGAGGAGAUCUUGAAAGAUGAGAAGAUGGGCCUGAGAUUCUUUGGCAAAGAGCCCUUGGAGGUGACUCUUCUGAACAUGGACUGGAACUGCCCCUGCCCCAACAUCACCACAGCCGACGGACAGCUCAUCAUCAUGGGGGAUGUUCAGAAUGGGAUGGCCGUCCUGCAGCCCGACAGCUUUGUAGGAUCCUCCAGCACUCGUAGAAUCAGGAAGCUCCGUGAGGUUAUCCACAAGAAAACCUGUGAUUUCCUUAAAGAUUUCUCUGCCGUCCAGUAGAGUCUAUUUAAGUUUCACACUCACUGAAAGUCAGUUGUGUUUUCAGAUUUUUCCAAGCUCCAGUGAACUCACCAGUCUGACUGACUGCCCGUAAACAUAAACGAGUAACUUAUCUGUAACAUUGGAGGUUUCGUUGCCUGUUUGAGAUGUUUCUCUUCCUUUCUUAUCACUCAGUAGAUCUCAGAAAAUCACUCCUCGUAGCUUUACUGUUGUCAUUUUUGUCUGCUGUUUUCAUUCAAGAUUUCUUUCCGGAAAGCUGUUUAAAAACUGUCCUAAUAGUUCUCUUUUAAAAUUAGAAUCAAGCUUAGACAGUUUCGAUGUCCGCACUUAGGGCACACUGUCUGGAAAAGGCAGGUAGAAUAGUAUUAGUCACAAGCAUUUACCCUGUACAAAGUAUUUCCUCUUGCAACCCUUUACUAAAACGGCAUUCUAGAUUUCCUCUCCAAAUGUUAUCUUUAAUACACUAAUAUUAUUAAUUUAAGGGUAUGUUUUAAUGUGACGUUUUGUGGGUUAUCCUCCCAAAACAUUGUGUAACAUCUGUCAGGAGCAAUUGAGCUCACAAUAAUGCAAUGCGAAGCCUCAGUUUAUUUACCAGAAUCAAAUAAGCUCUUUGGUUCCAUAUUUUGUGGAAUCUAUUUUGAUAAGACUUAAUUUACAAUACAGAGUAUGUAUGUGGACUU